CUGUCCUAAAAUUGACAACCUAAUAUGUUUCCUCUCAAGAAAUGGCAUUCAGCAUCUUGUUCUUCAAUUCCCAAAAGAUGAACCAUACAAAUUGCCUUCAUCAUUUUUUACAUGUUUGCAAAUGAAACAUCUGAAACUCCAUAAUUGUUUAUUUCAUCCUCCACCCGCCUUCAAAGGAUUUAAUCAGUUGGUUAGCCUGGAACUAUAUGAAGUCACAAUUUCUUCCGAAGUGCUUGGACGUUUAAUCUCUCGUAGCCUGCUGCUCGAGCAAUUGGUGCUGGAGAUCUCAAGUAUUUUAAACCACAUUCAAAUUAAAGCUCCCAAGUUGAGAUCCUUUGACUUCACAGGCAAUAUAGAGUUAAUUUGCAUAAAGAAAGCACCUCUUCUUGUGAAACUUUCACUUGUGAAUACAGCAGAACUUUCUGAGGAGGCACGACAAUCUGAUCAUGCCAAGUAUUUUGAAUCGUUUCCUGCUCUCGAGCAUCUCAACUUGAAUUACCUUAGUGUCAUGGUCUUGGAUGCAGGCUCAGGUGACAUAGCAGCAAAGCUUUCCUCUCCCCUUAAUUGUCUUAAAUGUCUUUGCCUAUCCGAUAUUUGUCUGGAUGAAUUAGACGAGUUCUCGUAUGUUCUAUGCUUGAUAAGAAGCUCCCCGUAUUUACAAGAUAUUCAAAUGAAGAUAUUUUAUGUGGCAUUGGAUACAUUGAUUGAUCCUGUGCGCGGUGAUGUUGUCAAUGAUAUUCCUGCAAGCUUCAGAGAUGUGACACUGAAUCACCUCAGGGUUGCUAGGCUUGACAAUAUUACAGGCACAAAGCCUGAAAUGGAGCUUAUUAAGCUUCUAUUAGCCAAGUCUCCGAUGCUGGUGAGAAUGCUACUUCAGCCCAACAAAGGACAAGAAUUUGCUGAAACAAGACUAAAGGUACUUGCAGAUAUAACAAAAUUUUCGAGGGCAUCACCUAAAGCAGAAGUUGACUAUAACGUAGAUAACAAUCUUGUUUGAUCUCUAGCCAUUUACCAGACCAUGGUCUUGGC